AUGGCUGUAGGAAUUGCCAGCAUCCCCGGACAAGGACCACCCAGCUCUGACGAUGCCGACAUGGAUGUCUACUCAGAGGAUGAGGAAGUGGAUCAACUGGACUCUGACCUUGACGAGGAGGAGGAUAUUCCCCUCGCGAAUGGGAGCGUAUCCUCGAACCGGUCGUGUACCAUAGGCAGGAAGAGCGGGGAGCGGGUACCUGGGCACAGUCUCAUACCUACGGAGCGUGUGGAGAGCAUUAUGCAUGCGGACGGAAGUGGUGGGCAUAUGUCAAAAGAGGCCAUGUUCAUGCUUUCUGUCGCCACUGAAGAGUUCAUAAAGCGGCUUGCGGGGGCAGGGUAUCACGAAGCUAGUUCUGAGAGGCGCUCCGUGGUGAACUACCACGACGUUGCAUUUGCAACGUCACAACGCCCUGAAUUUAUGUUCCUACAAGAUACGAUACCGACGCCAAUCCCCCUCUCCGAGGCGAUGCAACUUAGAGCCGCAAAGGAGAAGGAAAUCCUCGAAGACAACCCCGCAAUCUCAGUCACCCCUGUCCCUCUCCCGACCACCUUCAUCCCCUCUGGACCUACCAUUUCGCACCCAGGCGGCUCAAAGCCCAGGGCUCCCAGGAUCCGCCAAACGAACGGCAAGGAGAAAACAAACGGGACCGCCACUGCGAGCGGGACGAAGCGGCAGCGCGACAGCAAGGGCCGGUGGAGCUUACCUGGGCAGGGCGGCGAGGAUGGAGAGAGCGAGGCAGGAAGCGUAGGCGCGGGUGCGAGUGCGAGCGCGAGUGGGCGGCCAAGCAGAGUGCGGACGCGCCCGUUGAGAAUCUCACAGGACGAGUCGCCGCAGGCGUAUUCCGCUCCCCCUAAUGGGAGAGCAGUACCUCAAAACGGGACCUCGCCUAACCGCAACCAUGCACACGGCUUGACCGCGGAAUAUGCGGGGUGGGCAGGCAUGCCCAUGACCCCACCCCCGGCGCCUCAACCCGCACACGCGUCUGACAUGGCGGACCCACGUCUAGCGCACCCCGACGGGCGAUGGUCGCCUGGGCAGUACACUGGUCCUGCGAGCGGGUACCUCGAAGAUCGGCGGGUACUGUUCGGAAGGGGUGGGAUGGCGGGCAACCCUGGCAGAACGAUCUACUCUGCUCAGCGUCCUCCUGCCCGAUAA